UAUUGCAAUUCGUUUUUAAUUUGCAAUAGACCUUAGUGCUUUUGAAAAAAAGAAGAAAAAAAUAAAUAAUAUUCAAAAUGCAGUUGCAAGCAACACAAUCAUCGCCAUCAACAAACAGCACCACAUCGUCGUCACAACAGCAACCACAAUCACAAAACGAAUCAAACAUGUUGAAUGAUAUGUUUCCAAAUUUAUUGAAUGUGUUGACAGAAUGUCACGGUGAUUUGGUUCAAACUGGUUCGCCAAUGAUUCUAUGCUCGUCAUUGCCACCACAUUGGCGCAGCAAUAAAAGCCUGCCAUGUGCAUUCAAAGUGAUUGUACUCGACUACGAAAUUCCCGAUAAUACAGAAGUUGUGAUUACAGCCGGUAAUGACGAAGAUUGUAAUCCAAAAUUGAAAAAUAAUACAGCCGUUUUGAAAAACGGUGUUGCUAAAUUCAACGAUCUUCGAUUUGUGGGCAGAUCAGGACGUAAGAAAUUAUUUUCCGUUGUAAUCACAAUUCGUUCAUCGGUCAAUCAACAAACUAUGACUACAAUUCCCGAACAAAUCGCCACAUACGACAAAGCAAUCAAAGUCACAGUGGAUGGACCUCGCCAGCCAAGAAGUAAGCAAAGCUUUGGAUACGGACAUUCGAAUGGAUUGCAUCCAUUCAUGAUGAAUCCAAACUGGCUCGAUGCAGCUUAUAUGAGCUACGCAUUUCCCGAAUAUUUCCGCCAACAACCACAUAGUCCGCCAAGAAACGUACCAGCCACGGUACUGCCACCAACAAUGGCAUCAGCCCAACCAACCAUUCUUACGACACAUUCAACCACCACAAUAGUCCCGACGUCACGAUCGGGUACAUAUCUACCAUCACCAUUCCAUCCGUUUGCUCAUCCAGAAUUAUUAUACCAAAAUCAAUUUUUGCCAUAUAAUUUGACCGGUUUGCGUAGCAUUUCAAAUGGCCGUCCCAUUCAUCAUCAUCUCCAACACAACACAAGUCUACCAUCUGAAUCGUCUGUAAUGUCAAACCGAACGUCCGAACUUUUGAGCACAUCACGUUUAUCACCCACCUCAUCACGACCAUCAUCAUCGAGCCCACCAUCAUCGCAACACAGUGAUGUCAUCAAAAAUGAAUCGGAAGAAUCGGACGAUGAACAAAUCGACGUGGUGAAGUCCGCCUUUGUACCAAUUUUACGACCAAACCCGGCCGCCCAUUCAUUCGUUGACGUAACUGAUUCAACAACAAUCACCGAUCAAACAGAUGCAAAAAUCCGUUGCGAUUUGAAAGCGCCAUCAUCACGGAAACCCGUCCAUGAAACCGCACCAACUGGUCCACGAUCACCUGAAACCAAAAUUAAAACACCGAUUAGCGCACAAAAACCCGUAUGGCGACCAUAUUAAUUAUAAAUUAAUGGCAACAAGCACAAUUGUGCAGGACAUAAUUAAUGAAUCUGUGACCGCGUGCGUGCACGCUCUUUAUGUAUAAAGGUGAAACUUAGUUAGAUUAAAUUAUUUUGAGGUGGAGACAUUUUUUUUUUCAUUCAAUGUAAAUAAACAAAUAAUUAUAUAUUUUUUUUUAUUUUUCAAUAU